AUGGACAUGGAUAGCUCCGUUGUGGAUCUGUCGUCCAGCCGUUUGGGUGCUCGGUGGACUGGCGAUUUUCAGCGCACCACGGACCACGGAUCUCGCCCUAAUGUCGCUCAGAUACGACGCUGGGAUAAAAUGCAGUGCCAGAACGGAGUCCGGCAGUCGACGGGACCAUGCAUCGACGCUGUUUUCCAGCUUGGACAGCCCUCUACGGAGCGAGACGGUCAUGUGUGCCGUCCCGGCAAGAAGGACAAAAAGGCCAAGAAGGACAAUAGAACGAGAGAAACGUCCGACGUUUCCUGGGGUGACAAUUGCUUCGACUGUGCAACAUGCCUGUCAGACUUUGUCCUCAAACGAACUAACGUGCUGCGAGGUGCUGAGCUGAUAGGGUGGAAUCGAAAAGAGGAGACAAAGCCCCCCAGCCUGCAACUGCGCAAAAGAGAGCAGAGACGAAACGCCACCAGACGCUGUGGAGAAGCUUGUGCAGCCUUCGUAUGCCAGAAAGAAAGAACCUAG